AUGCCUCUCAAAUCUGCCGCUGAGGCCGUAAUUGGAAAGCCGGACUUUAAACAAGCACUCGCCGCUUUUUACGCCGAUAUACUUCAAUUCCACAAACAUGCGUACAGCUUUGUCCGUCGUGAAAGCCGUUUCGGGAGACGUUUUGAGAACAUCCUUGACGAUAUGAAACGCCAUGAAGAGCUUACCCGCAAAGAGAUCAAAUCCUGGCGAGAAGAAAGUCUUGCACAGGUGCAAAAGUGUAACGACAAACAGGCCAACAAACAAUAUGAAUCGAUUAUAACAUGGUCAAAAUCUGAAGAAUCAGAUCAGUCGGCUAUUCUCAACACGAUUUCAGCCGAUGGGGCUAGGUUUGCUGGCACUUGCUCGAUCAAGUUUUGGCUCCAGAAGACCCCAGAGUCGCCCGUACUGUGGCUACAAGGCACACCGGGCUCGGGUAAGGGCGUCUUAGCCAGCCAAAUUGUUAGAUUUAUGAGGAGUGCCAACAUGUUACCCGUUCACCACUUUUGCACUCACAGGUACGCUUCUUCUACAACAUAUGAGCAAAAACUUCGCUCCAUACUUCUUCAAUUACUUUGCAAGGAUGAUGAGCUGAUUGCAUACGUGUACGGCGACUGCGUACUUAGGAAGAAGCCACCAACAGUUCAAGCUCUUGAGAGACUCAUUUACGCCCCCUUCAAUAUUUCCUCUCGCCAGCCACGAGAGACAGAGUACAUAUGA